CCCCCCCAUGAUGCUGCAGCUUGGUUGUGGCUGUUUCUCUGCAGAGGGGGGGGCCAACCAUGAGCCCUCGCUGGAACUCCUGUCCUGCACCCAGCUCCCUGCUGCCCUCCCCACCCCAGCAGGGCCGGAGGGGCCGGCGGAGGCUCGGGGGGUGCCCGAGGCCUGCGGGGAGCGCCGGGGGCCGGGGCUGGAUGCGGCAGCGCGGGAGAGGCAGCUGCAGAGGGAGCUGCUGGCCCUCAAGCAGCAGCAGCAGCUCCAGAAGCAGCUGCUCUUCGCCGAGUUCCAGAAGCAGCACGAGCACCUCACCCGCCAGCACGAGGUCCAGCUCCAGAAGCACCUCAAGCAGCAGCAGGAGGCGCUGGCGGCCCGGCGGCAGCAGGAGCUGGAGCAGCAGCGGCAGCGGCAGGAGGCCCUGGAGCAGCAGCAGCGCCUGGAGCAGCUCCAUGCCCUGCGCACCAAGGACAAGAGCAGGGAGAGUGCCAUUGCCAGCACAGAGGUGAAGCUGAAGCUCCAGGAGUUCCUGCUCAGCAAGACGAAGGAGCCGGCUCCCGGCCCCCCCAACCAUUCCCUCCCCCAGCACCCCAAAUGUUGGGCUCACCACACCUCGUUGGACCAGAGUUCCCCCCCCCAAACCGGCAGCCCGGGGACCCCCCCCUCCUACAAGCUCCCUGUCCUGGGCACCUACGACAGCAGGGACGACUUCCCGCUCCGCAAAACCGCCUCGGAACCCAACCUGAAGGUGCGGUCGCGGUUAAAACAGAAGGUGACGGAGAGGAGGAGCAGCCCCCUGCUGCGGAGGAAGGACGGCUCCGUCAUCAGCGCCUGCCGCCGCCGGGCACUCGAGGUCACCGUGUCGUCAGUGUGCAGCAGUGCCCCGGGCUCCGGGCCCAGCUCCCCCAACAGCUCCCACAGUGCCAUCGCCGAGAACGGCUUCACCGGCUCCGUCCCCAACAUCCCCACAGAGCAGCUCCUGCCCCAGCCCCGUGCCCUCGCCCUGGAUGGCACAGGCCAGCUCAGCCUCUACACCUCCCCAUCCCUGCCCAACAUCUCCCUGGGGCUGCAGGCCACGGUCACCGUCACCAGCUCCCACCUCAGCGCGUCCCCCAAGCUGUCGCCGCAGGCGGAGGCGGAGCGCCCGGCGGUGGCCACCCUGCGCCCCGGGGCCACCCUCACCGGCAAGUUCCUGAGCACCUCCUCCAUCCCGGGCUGCCUGCUGGGGGUGGCCCUGGACGGGGACCCCCCCGCCGGCCCCGCCUCGCUGCUGCAGCACGUCCUGCUGCUGGAGCAAGCGCGGCAGCAGAGCACCCUCAUCGCCGUGCCCCUGCACGGGCAGUCUCCGCUGGUGACCGGGGAGCGCGCGGGCAGCGUGCGGGCAGUGCCCAAGCUGCCUCGGCACCGGCCCCUCAGCCGCACCCAGUCCUCCCCCCUGCCCCAGAGCCCCCAGGCCCUGCCCCACGGCUCCCUCCAGCACCACUUCCUCGACAAGCAGCAGGUCCAGCUGGGAAAGCUGCUCCCCAAGGCGGGGGAGCUGGCACGGCAGCCCCCUACCCACCCCGAGGAGACAGAGGAGGAGCUGACAGAGCAGCAGUCACCCCCCCCGGGGGACAGGGUCCCCCCCGGGCCCCCCCUCACCAUCGUGUCCCCCGACGCCGGAGACCCCCCGGAGCAGCGGCAGGACCCUGAGGGCUGCGGGGGGCCCUGCGAUGAGCCGGGGGACAGCGGGGACGAGCCCGAGGGCCCUGGGGUCCCUGAUGUCACUGAGCUGGGGGUCACCUACAAGCAGGUGUUCCCCGAGGCUCAGCUGCAGCUGUACCCUGGCCCUGCCCUGGGCAUCCUGGCACUGCCUCACCCAGCCCUCGCCCGCACCCAGUCGUCCCCUGCCAGCUCUGGCAUCAAGCCCCCCGCGCCCGAUGGGCCCCCCAAGCACCUCUUCACUACAGGCGUGGUGUACGACACCUUCAUGCUGAAGCACCAAUGCACCUGCGGCAACACCAACAUCCACCCCGAGCACGCCGGCCGCAUCCAGAGCAUCUGGUCCCGGCUGCAGGAGACCGGGCUGCUGGGCAAGUGCGAGCGCAUCCGGGGCCGGAAGGCGACGCUGGAGGAGAUCCAGACGGUGCACUCGGAGCACCACACGCUGCUCUACGGCACCAGCCCCCUCAACAGGCAGAAGCUCGACAGCAAGAAGCUCCUGGGUCCCAUCAGCCAGAAGAUGUACGCGGUGCUGCCCUGCGGGGGCAUUGGGGUGGACAGCGACACAGUGUGGAACGAGAUGCACUCCUCCAGCGCCGUGCGCAUGGCCGUGGGCUGCCUGGUGGAGCUCGCCUUCAAGGUGGCUGCUGGGGAGAUCAAGAACGGCUUCGCCGUCAUCCGCCCCCCCGGACACCACGCCGAGGAGUCCACGGCCAUGGGCUUCUGCUUCUUCAACUCGGUUGCCAUCUCGGCCAAGCUGCUGCAGCAGAAGCUCAGCGUGGGCAAGAUCCUCAUCGUGGACUGGGACAUCCACCACGGCAAUGGGACCCAACAAGCCUUCUACAGCGACCCUGACGUCCUCUACAUCUCCCUCCACCGCUACGACGAUGGCAACUUCUUCCCGGGCAGUGGAGCACCCGAGGAGGUGGGCAGCGGGCUGGGAGUAGGCUACAACAUCAACAUCGCCUGGACGGGCGGCGUGGACCCCCCCAUCGGGGACGUGGAGUAUCUCACAGCCUUCAGGACCGUGGUGAUGCCCAUUGCCAACGAGUUCUGCCCGGACGUGGUGCUGGUCUCCGCCGGCUUCGACGCCGUCGAGGGUCACCUGUCCCCCCUGGGGGGCUACUCUGUCACUGCCAAGUGUUUCGGCCACUUGACGAAGCAGCUGAUGAUGCUGGCGGGGGGCAGGGUGGUGCUGGCCCUGGAGGGGGGCCACGACCUGACAGCCAUCUGUGACGCCUCAGAGGCCUGUGUCUCUGCCCUGCUCGGCCUGGAGCUGGAGCCCCUGGAUUCGUCCCUCCUGCAGCAGAAGCCAAAUGUGAACGCUGUGGCCACCCUGGAGAAGGUCAUCGAGAUCCAGAGCCGGCACUGGGGCUCCGUGAAGCGCUUCGCCGCCGCCGUGGGCUGCUCCCUGCUGGAGGCACAGAAGGGGGAGGCCGAGGAGGCCGAGACGGUGACGGCCAUGGCCCUGCUCUCCGUGGGUGCUGAGCAGGGCAGCACCGACCCUCAGCCCAGGCCAGCAGAGGAGCCGAUGGAGGCUGAGCCUACGCUGUGACACCCCACCCCCCC